CCAUGGGGGCACCGGGGAGCCCCGCGCUCCUGGCGCUGCUCCUGCUGGGCGCCGCCGCCGCGGCGCGUCAGGGGCUGCAAGUCAUCGAUCUGCUGCUCGUGAGCGAGGCUCGGCAGAUGGCCAGCGUGGCCCACAAGAUCCGCAUGGAGCUUCUGACUGUCAACGACGUGUACCUCCUCUCCACCUUCCGCCUGCCCCCCAAGCAGGGGGGGACCCUCUUCGGCCUCUACUCCAAGAAGGACAACACCCGAUGGCUGGAGAUCUCUGUCGUGGGGAAGAUCAACAAAGUCCUGGUGCGGUACCUGCGGGAGGACAACAAGGUGCACUCGGUCAACCUGCAGCACGCACACGUGGCGGACGGGCAGAGCCACUCUGUCAUCGUGCGCCUGAGCGGGCUCCGCAGGGACACGCUGAGCGUGGAGCUCUAUGUCGACUGCAAGCAGAUGGACUCCAGCGUGGGGCUGCCUGAGCUGUCUGAGAUCCCCCUGGCCGAGGUGGAGUCCAUCGAGGUGCGCACAGGGCUGAAGGCUUACCAGAGGAUGCAGGGGUUUGUAGAGUCGAUGAAGCUGAUCCUGGGAGGGUCCAUGAGCCGUGUGGGGGCCCUGAGUGAGUGCCCUUUCCAAGGAGAUGAGUCCAUUCACAGUGCAGUGACAAGCGUGCUGGCCUCCAUCCUGGGUGAGCAGACCAAAGCACUGGUCACGCAGCUGACCCUCUUCAACCAAGUCCUCACCGAGUUGCGGGAAGACAUUAGAGACCAGGUGAAGGAGAUGUCUCUGAUCCGCAACACCAUCAUGGAGUGCCAGGUCUGCGGCUUCCACGAGCACCGGUCCCGCUGUAACCCCAAUCCCUGCUUCAGCGGUGUGGACUGCAUGGAGACGUACGAGUACCCUGGGUACCGCUGCGGGCCCUGCCCGCCGGGGCUGGAGGGCAACGGCACGCACUGUGCUGACAUCGAGGAGUGUGCCCAUGCCAAUCCCUGCUUCCCUGGCUCCAAGUGCAUCAACACAGCCCCCGGGUUCCGCUGCGAGCCCUGUCCCCGUGGCUAUCGAGGCAACACCGUCUCUGGCGUGGGGGUGGACUAUGCCAGGGCCAGCAAGCAGGUUUGCACAGAUAUCGAUGAAUGCAACGAUGGCAACAAUGGGGGCUGCGACCCCAACUCCAUCUGCACCAACACGCUGGGCUCCUACAAGUGCGGGCCCUGCAAGUCAGGCUUUGUGGGCAACCAAACGUCCGGGUGCAUCCCACAGAGGUCCUGCAGCACUCCCACCUCCAACCCCUGCGACAUCAAUGGCUUCUGCCUGUUUGAGAGGAAUGGGGAGAUCUCCUGUGCAUGCAAUGUGGGCUGGGCUGGCAACGGCAACGUGUGUGGGCCAGACACAGACCUGGAUGGGUACCCGGAUGAGCCCCUGCCCUGCAUUGACAACAACAAGCACUGCAAGCAGGACAAUUGCCGUCUGACGCCCAAUUCUGGGCAGGAGGAUGCUGACAACGAUGGAAUUGGGGACCAGUGUGAUGACGAUGCUGAUGGUGAUGGAGUCAAGAAUGUGGAGGACAACUGCAGGCUCUUCCCCAACAAGGACCAACAGAACUCGGACACUGACUCCUUUGGGGACGCCUGUGACAACUGCCCCAAUGUGCCCAACAAUGACCAGCGGGACACGGACAGCAAUGGCGAGGGGGAUGCUUGUGACAAUGACAUUGAUGGGGACGGGAUACCCAACAUGCUGGAUAACUGCCCCAAGGUGCCCAACCCUCUGCAAACUGAUCGGGAUGAGGAUGGUGUUGGGGAUGCCUGUGAUAGUUGCCCUGAAAUGAGCAACCCCACUCAGACAGAUAUGGACAGUGACCUGGUAGGAGACAUCUGUGACACCAACGAGGACAGUGAUGGGGAUGGGCAUCAGGACACCAAGGACAACUGCGCUGAGAUCCCCAACAGCUCCCAGCUGGACUCAGACAACGAUGGGCUGGGGGAUGACUGUGACAACGAUGAUGACAAUGAUGGCAUCCCGGACUAUGUGGCACCUGGCCCAGACAACUGCCGCCUCAUUCCCAAUCCCAACCAGAAGGACUCGGACGGGAACGGCGUGGGUGAUGUCUGUGAGGAGGACUUUGACAACGACACGGUGGUGGACCAGCUGGACGUGUGCCCCGAGAGCGCCGAGGUGACGCUGACCGACUUCCGCGCCUACCAGACUGUCAUCCUUGACCCCGAGGGGGACGCCCAGAUCGACCCCAACUGGGUUGUGCUCAACCAGGGCAUGGAGAUCGUGCAGACCAUGAACAGUGACCCGGGUUUGGCUGUGGGUUACACGGCCUUCAACGGGGUGGACUUUGAGGGCACCUUCCAUGUCAACACCAUCACCGACGAUGACUACGCCGGCUUCAUCUUCAGCUACCAGGACAGCGCCAGCUUCUACGUGGUGAUGUGGAAGCAGACGGAGCAGACAUACUGGCAGGCCACCCCCUUCCGUGCUGUGGCUGAGCCAGGGCUGCAGCUCAAGGCAGUGAAAUCCUCGACGGGCCCCGGGGAGCACCUGCGCAAUGCGCUGUGGCACACGGGCCACACGCCCGACCACGUCCGCCUGCUCUGGAAGGACCCCCGGAACGUCGGCUGGAGGGACAAGACGUCCUACCGCUGGCAGCUGGCACACAGGCCCCAGGUGGGCUACAUCAGGGUCCGUCUGUACGAGGGCCCUCAGCUGGUUGCCGACUCCGGUGUGAUCAUCGACACCACGAUGCGCGGGGGCCGGCUGGGGGUCUUCUGCUUCUCCCAGGAGAACAUCAUCUGGUCCAACCUGCAGUACCGCUGCAACGACACGAUCCCUGCCGACUUCGAGCCCUUCCGCCGGUUCCUGUUGGAGGGACGCGAGUGACCGCGCCCGG